GAUAAUUCAUAAGUUCUGAUGCUAAAAAAAUAAACUAAAAAAAAACUUACUUUUACGGUUAGGGGAGACCGGGGCUCGUUGGCACAAGAAGCAAGUUGGCAAUGCGUUCCGUUUAUGUAUUUAUAACAAAAAAUGGAAAAGUUAUAAAAUAUUUCUUAUAUGAUGUGAUAUAGGGUCAAAAUCGUAGCGCGUGGCAAAGGUAUGUCUGCGUACAUGCGUGUGCCGAGCGAGACGUCGUGAGCGAGGACUCACUCAGGCGAAGACCGGCGUAGCGUUCACUUGUAUUGAUACAUUCGGAGUAAACUCGAUUAGCCGCAGAGGUGUACUGUCAGUUAUUCACGAAACAGAUAGUAUCGAUACAUUACGAAAGUCGCAUCAAAUCACAUCAAAGCUAAGAUCACGCAAAGAAGCAGUGACGCGUGUGUUGCUAUAAGGAUAGUGAGCCAGGCGACAGCAAACGCGAGGAAACCAAGGAUAGAUACAGGAUUCGAGCGGCCGAUUGUAAACACAGUGCCGAAGAGUAUCCACGAAAUGACGGAAACAAAGGGAAAAUUAAAAUUCCACAUCGGAGAAGACGAUUGGGAAUUAUACACCGAAAGACUGGAGUUAUAUUUUGUGGCCAAGGACAUAAAGGAUGAAAAACGAGUAGCAGUAUUACUCACUAAGAUAAGCCCGGAAACGUAUAAAUUAGUGAGAGAUUUGUGCGCGCCUCAAAAACCGAAAGACAAAGCGUUUGACGAGUUGGUGAAAUUAGUAAAAGAUCACUUGUGCCAAAAACCCUCCGAAGUGAUGGAGAGAUGUAAAUUCCACCAAGCGCAGCAGACGACAACAGAGACAAUUGCGGAGUUCAUCGCAAGGCUGAAAAGCUUGGCAACGCAUUGCAACUUUGCGGACAUCAACCUAGCAAUGCGCGAUCAAUUGGUCUGCGGAUUGCGAGAUCAUGCAAUAAAGGCCAUACUUUUCCGAGAGGAGAACUUGACAUAUGACAGCGCCUAUAAACUGGCUGUAGCGGCGGAAGCGGCGAAGAAAAUUGCGACGUCAACCGACAAACUACAGCCAUCGGCAACGUUAAACUCGGAGGUGCACUUAAUCAAGGAAUGGCAGAGAUGGAGAUCACCAAACAAGCAGCAGCCGACGGUACCGAUGGGGACAUGCUAUUGUUGCGGAUGGCCGAAUCAUUUCGCGCGGUAUCGAUACAAAACGUGUACCCGAUGCAAAAAACGGGGGCAUAUCGAGAUGGAUUGCCGGGAGGGGCAAGGCAGCGUGCAGCAGAUGGAAACGAAGGACGAGCCACUCGACCCGGAGGAGGACGGCUACACAAGUGACUUCCUAGUAAUCGAGAAUAGCGGCAGCACCACAGAAGCUGCCAACGUAGACAUUACAGGGGAUAAUAUUGCGGCAGGACCAAUAACGGUAAACGUAAAGAUAAACGAUGUAGACGUAAUAAUGGAGAUAGAUACCGGCGCGUACGUUGCUGCAAUAUCGAAAGUAACGAAAGAAAGACUUUUUCCGAAUUUAAAAAUUGAAAAACUAAAUAAGUCAUUCAACGCCUACGGUAAAGUAAAACUAGAACACGAGGGGAUUAUUAAAGGUUAUUAUGUAAAAUCAAAGGAGAACGGAAAGUGCGACGCGCUAUCAAGAUUACCAGUCUGUGAUGCAUUACCGAUUUUUGAUAAUGAGUACACUUCAAUUAAUUAUAUAAGCGAAACACUAGACGUAUUAAACGCGUCAAUUAAUGUUCUUCAGCUUGAGAAGUAAAUCAAAGUGACGUAUCAUUAGUUAAAAGAAAAGUUCCUGUUACUAUACGACAUGUUAUUUUGACUAACAACAGUAAUUUAUUGUAAUAAAUUGACUAAAAUAAAACGUAUGUAAGAAUGGGGUAUGUUGGCUCAUAUCAAGACACACUUAGCUUGACUUGUUGUCGCGCGCGUGAUACCUGAUUGAGCAUGUGAUUUGGUACCUACAAUGCUGAUAGAAGCUAGAUAUAUAUUUAUAUUAAUAUUUUUAUGUUGAAGAAAGCUACAUCUAAAAUAAUUUACAAUUGUUUUUCUGCAACAGCAUUUUGGUACUCGAUCAUUACAAAGUAACUUUAAAAAAUACAAUCUUUAUCAAAAAGUACACAUCUGUUUCCCGUUUUGUGUUUCUAUUACGUUUUCUAUUAGUAUUACGUUUUCAUUAAUUUAACAUGGACUUUUGCUCCUGCUAUCGGGGCAAGUUGCCUACAAUUCAGCAUGUUCGUAUUUUACUUAUUACAAAGAAACUAUACAGUAUACAGGAGCGUUUCUGGUAUGAAAAUGUAGAGAAAGAUUCUCUCUAUCGUAUUAGUACUGUUUAAUCAUGAUAAUUAGUUGUAUAAAAUCUCAAAUGCCGAAAUUGUGAAAACGGUGCCAACGAGCCCCGGUCUCCCCUACUUACUGUUAUAUGUUUAAAUGGAACGAAAUUUACUUCGUGUAAAAUAAUCAAGCUACUUACAACUCUCAGCAAAAUUACGAGCUUCUCUUUCCGCACGAACAGUCGUACUACAAUCAAAUUGUAAGUUAUAGCAAAAUAUAAUUGGCAAGGCAAAAGAGAAAAUAAUUGAGAAAAGAGGACUGCACUGCGGCAAUAAAGUCUCUCGUAAUAAAAAUCGUAUUAUACUGAAACAACGAGGCAUCGUAUACUUCCGGCGAGGUUACGUCGAUGGCGUUUGAAAUAUCCGGGUCACGUUUACACAAAAAAAUAGCAUCGUAAAAAAAAAUCCGUGAUAAACUAGCAAGAGUUUAACGGAUAAAAUAACGAUUAACUGGCAAUUAAUCGCUCCAGUUGCGCGUACGAUAAACGAAAGAGAUUUUCGGAAUAAUUUAUUUAAUUUCCCUUAUGAAUAAUUUUCAUGUUGAAAUGCGAAAGGUCACGGCGAAAAUGGUUCGCGAUAGGAUAAACGGCACGGUAAAAACGAUAAACACAGCAAAGGUAAACGCGGCGCGGCGGAAAUUACGCGACGGUGCGAUUCGAGAGCCACCGGAAACGUCUGCUCCCUUCGGCAUGAGUUCUCUUCCUAAUUAGAUUUCUCACUCUCUCUCUCUCUCUGUCUCACAACCAUACGAUCAAGUAUCCUUGUGCUCCUAGAGCUAGCGAGUUUAGUCGACAUAGCGUUAGGUGUUGUAUACAUGUUUUUUAUCUUAGAUGUCUUGCACAUGCUACUUUUUUACGAUUUAUCCUUACAUUCUAGCACGAUCAGUAUUUUAUAAUUAUACGUAUAUACACAGAGCGUCUCAUCUUUCUCAUGUUGAAUUGGAGGUUUAAAGGAAUCUGGUCAGCUUUUCGCUCGUUGAGAAUUUCAAUGAAAAAUUCAAACGCAGAUGAUAGAAUUAAAUGUUAGAAAAGAAAUAAAUUGUAAAACAAGGUAAGCGCCAAUUGGCAUUUCAGGAAAAUAAAAAAACAAUAUAAUAUUUCUUUUAUAAAGUAGAGAUUUACAUCUUCUGUGCUUCUUUAAUUCUUGUUUCUUUUUAAUGAAAAUUUUACGAAACAAUUAAUUACUGGCGAGAAUGAGUUGCGAUGCGGAAUAAUCUCUCCUUAUUGCGAAAUCUUCGUUGAACGAACAGUUGUCUUUAACUUCGUCGCGGAGUUAAUUUCUAAUUGAAACUUGAUUGGGUGAGACAUUCUAUAUAUACACGUAUAUACGGGCACGGGGAUGUAUAUGCCGUUAAAUAUAUUCACAUAGAUGUCUUGGCAUGCACCAUUACUUUACUAACUACAUAAGAACCAGAAUUAAUUUAGCAAAACAGAAGCCCCACGAGAUACGAUCUUUCAGUUUAACCGUUUUAAUUACUUAAAUGAUUGAGCUUAAUAAUAAAUGACGAUAUUAAAUCCUCCAGCGGUUAAUAAAUGCGGUUUUUACGAAAUACAUUCGCGAAAAAAAUCGAUUAAAUUCGAGAAGAAGAAAUUAUUGUCUCAAAAUUCGGUAGAAAGUUGGUUUUAUCCAAAUCCGUCCGGUGAGAAAUCUUAUCUGAUUAAAGAUUUAUUUUUAUGUGCGCAAACUUGACGUAAAAUAAUAAAUUCUUGUAUAAACUCGAAAAUCGUGAGUGGAUGCGCCAAGCAGAAAGAGAAACUUUCGUUCAAACGAAAAAUCGAACGCGUGGGAAGAGCAAGACUCAUUGUCCCGACAUGCGUGCGUGCGUGCGUGCAUAUGCGUGGUCACGUGCGUGUAUCCGCGUAUCUCGCUACGCAUCGCGAGGACACACUUUCACUAUUCUCGCUUUACGUUUCUCUUAAAAGAAAACAAACCGCGAUUUAAUUAACUCGAUCUUCGCGCCUUCCGGCCGUGAACUCGACAAUUUAAAAGUGACUGAUAAGAAGUGCCAAAAAAUAAUUACUUUUAGUAGAUCGAUUAAGCGAUUAGAAUAAUUUCAGUUAGACUAGAAUUUAGUGUAUCUAUUUUGAUCACCAAUAAAACCGUGAUAAAUUAGCGUAUGCGUAAUUUAACGUAAUUGAUUUAAUUAAUUACAGUUCAAUAAAUAAUUUUCCUAUAGCACAAAUUCAAGUUUAAUUGAGUAGAAGAUUAGUAUACCUAUACUAGUACAUACCUUCUGUAUGUAAUUUGAGGAUCUUAUCUAUUGUUUAUAUGAGCGAUAUAGCAUAGUAAUUUUCGAAACGAGUAUCUCGACUAUUGUCUCCUCAACUGCAUGAAUGUCAAAUGUUAGUUGAAACAAGUGAAUAGCUCAAAGAAGAUAAUCGGGGUCUUUUCCAUUACUUCCUAGCAUGCUCUAAAUACUUUUCUAUCAAUCUAAUAAUAUACCUAUAGUUUAUUUUACAUAUUUUCUAUAUAUCCUUUACAUUUUGAUGACAAUAUAUUUUCUAUUAUUACGUAUAUUUUUUUCGGAACAAUAUUUGAACCGGUGACGCGAUAGGAAAGACCCGAUAACUGUGUUUAGCGGCGUCGUUAGUAUUGUCAGAAUUAGCUGUACAAAUAAAUUGCACAAUUUUUUAGUUGGUCAAUAUCGUCGUUAUGACGAUUGGAAACGUCUUUGCUAUCGAUGUGCCGCUUUCUUGCUGCGCACUCGAACGACGGCAAGCCGGUUGGCACCGAAAUCGGCGCCGACGGCAACAAAUAUAGCGGCAAUUAGUUGUGAUAACGACAACACCACCGCCACCACACCACAACCACUCUCUCUUUCUCUCUUUCUCUCUCCGAGCACCACCAACACUCGAUUGCUACCAGCCUGCCAUCAGCAAGCAUGUUGACUCAAUUUUUUGAUAUAUAUAUUCUUGUGAUCUAUACGUAUAUAUUGUAUACAUAUCGACAUCUAUAGGUGUACUUCCACGUAUGUGUACAUUAUAUAUGCUCGCGUCUCUCUCAGCACAUAUAAUUCACGUACAUGCACACAGGUGAUGUAAUAUUGCACGCAAGGAAAAGCGGAAUGGAACAACGAAGUCGAAUCGAAUGCAAGAAAAACGCGAAAGCUGAAGAGUUUUAUUGUUACUUCAUUACCGAAAUAUCUCUCCACUUUUCAAUAAUUAAGUCUUUUCUAAUGAAAUUAAAAUCAGGAGGGUACAAGUUGCCUAAUUAUUAUUGAUGAAAUAUCUCCCUACAUUGAAAUAACUUCUAAAUACUUUCUUUGUCAUUAAAGAUUUACUAUUAAAGUUAAAAUGACAAAAAACAGAUAUUUUUGUUAUCGUAAUUAAGGUAUUAUAUAUUAUUCCAUUUCUUCGCUAUUAAUCCCAUUUAAUUUUUAGCACGCUAGAUAAGGCAUGCGAGAUGAGAAAGCAUCGAAAGGAUAGAUAUAAUGUAUUUCAAAAAAAGAGAUAUAUAUUAAUAUUAUAUAUGCAUUCAUUUCAAAUAUACUUUUCUCUAUCAGCUUCCAAUCAGUAUACUUUCGCAUUUUACGUCGGAAUUAAUGUCCCGCGUAGAAAUGCGUCUCAAUAUUACGAGAGCUCGAAAAUUACUGCGAUUGCAGAUAUCUUGUGACAUUUAUCGAUUUCGUAUCGGAAGCUGCGUGAAGAUUACCAGAACGCUCUUCCACUGCAGCGUGCACGCGGAUAUGCUAGCACAAGCCUUUUUAGCUCUUAUGUACUGUCGUCAUAUGUGUGUGUGUAUGUGUGUGUGUGUGUGUGUGUGUGUGUGUGUGUGUGUGUGUGUGUGUGCAUCGAGAUGAUAUUUCGGAUACGCGACAGCAACUAAAUUAAUUUAUUAAACGGUGAAAAGACGCGAAUAUCAUCGCG